AUGUCGGAUCACGUGUUCACACCAGAAAGAGGGAGAGAUAUGUCACGAUUGGAGCAUGAGUUGGGAGAGUUCGAUGUGGAUAUUGAUACAAAGAAUAUGAAGAAUCUGCAAGGACAAUGUGAAAAGCCAAAGCUCGGAAAGGAGAUGAAAGUUGGACGCGCCCGUAGUCUCAGUGCCGUCCGUCCAGCUCCACGCGACGAGCUCGCGUUCCCAGACGAGGAGAAACGUGCUCAUGUCGACAAGUUGCGCACGAAAGCGAUGCGAGGACUCCGUCGUGAAGCGAAGAAGGGAGAAGCCGAUCGACACGUCUACGACCUCAAACCGAAGCAUUUGUUCUGUGGAAAGAGAGGAAACGGAAAAACCGAUUGGCGUUAA